AUGUUCAAAUUCCCUGCGGGCGCUGACGCACAGUCGCCGCAGACGUCCGCAGCAGAUUUCGAGACUGUUGUGGAUUCGAAAUUAUGCGCGGAAGUGUCAGCAGACGAAGCCUACGCCGGUUCAGAGAUUCGCCCGCUGGAUGCAUCCACUGCAGCGAGACUUUCGUCGAUUCCGUAUCCGGGUCUGGUCCUGCAGUUGCAAGCAGAGGAGGAACUGGACCUGCUGCUCUCAGCACUUGGCAGAAGAUGGGUCGUGCUGGAGCUCGGGGCGGCUUGGUCGGCUGCCAGUGCGGCAAUGCGUGCCGAGUUUGAGGUCCUGGCGAAGGCCUACCCGACGUGGGUGUUCUUGCGCGCGGACGUCAACCAACUUCCUGGAGUUGCCCGGCGCUGGGCAGCCACGCGCGUGCCGUGCUACAUCUUCUUCUGGAAAGGUGUGGAGCUCAAGCACGCUGCGAUUUACUUUGACACCUUUGCAGCCAUGGGCGCACCACCUCCAGCCAACGCAUUGUUGGGAGCGUAUACCGGAGUGGGAGCGAUCUUGUCCUUCUUCGGACGCACGCCGGGUCAACUGCCAGAAGAUGUUCUUGCUGAGAUGUGGUCAAUAUUUCUGGUGCUCGGCCUGUGGUCGGCCACAUACUCCGUCUAUGACGUCAUGGGCGUCGGUGUUGCCAAGCAGAAACACGACAUGCACAAGAUGUCCAUGAAAGACCGCCCCACUACGGAUCCAGAGGAGGUGAAGCUGGCAGACCGGGCUCAGAUGAACCAGGUUGAACAGGUGACGCCAUUCUUUGCUGGUGCGCUGAUGUUCGGCUUCCUCGUGAAUGGCAAAGUUGGGGGCAUUCUAUCCCUGAUCUACUUCACGUUGCGCAGGCUCUACUGCAGCACCUACCGAGCUUCAGUUGGGAAGUCAUUGGAGGGGGCUGGCCUCAUCAAGUACACGGUUCCAUGCUACUUCAUUCUAAACGGCAUGAACAUGGCUGUCGUCGUUCACAUGGCCCGGUAUGCGCUGGGACAGUGA